UAGAAUUUAAUAUCAAUAUCAUAAGAAAAAGAGAUAUCAUUGUUGCCUUCAAGCUUCUCACCAUAUAUAUAAUUUAUGGUGUUUUGUUCAGAUUCAAACCCUUCAACUUUGGUUUUUACUGUCUUUUGGCAGAACCCUAAUUAGUCUCCUCUUCCCUUUGUCAAAACAUCACCAUUUCCACACACCCAAAACCCCCCUUCAAAUUUGUUAGCUGUUUGUGUGCAGAAGGAAAAAUUUUAAAAAUUCUUGGUUUUUUCUUGUUUGUUCUUGUCUAAACCUUCUUCAAUCCCCUCCAAAAUAAGAACCCAUUACCCAAAAACACUAUGUCAUCUAAUCCCUUUUCUCUUCUCUCUUCCACUCCCACUCCCUUUGCUCACCACCCAGAUGCAAACCCUAGCCCUAACCCUAAACCCAAACCGUCCGCUGCGGCGAAGAAGAAACGAAACCUCCCCGGAACCCCAGAUCCUGAUGCGGAGGUUGUUGCUUUGUCGCCGAAAUCGCUCAUGGCAACGAAUAGAUUCAUAUGUGAAAUUUGCAAUAAGGGGUUUCAAAGAGAUCAGAAUCUGCAACUUCAUCGACGAGGACAUAACCUACCGUGGAAGCUUCGACAACGAACGAACAAGGAGCCGAUUAAGAAGAAGGUGUAUAUUUGCCCGGAGAAGACGUGCGUUCACCACGAUCCAUCACGAGCCCUCGGCGAUCUCACCGGAGUAAAGAAACAUUUCAGCCGAAAACACGGCGAGAAGAAGUGGAAAUGUGAUAAGUGUUCUAAGAAAUAUGCUGUUCAAUCUGAUUGGAAAGCUCACUCCAAAACUUGUGGGACAAGAGAAUAUAAGUGUGACUGUGGAACUCUUUUUUCCAGGAAAGACAGCUUCAUAACCCACAGAGCAUUUUGCGAUGCAUUAGCUGAAGAAAGUGCAAGAAUCACGACAGUUUCAGCAACAAAUAUUCUGAAUAAUCUCAGAAAUGAUUCAGUUCUUCUUCAUCAACAAGAUCAAUCUUUGAUUGAUCAUCAGACCAAUAAUCUUCAAACACUUGGAGAUGUUCCUGCCCUUUCCCAAUUCACUCACUCUGAUCACUUUCUAAGAGACUUUGAAGAUCAUCAACACAAGAACAGAUCUCCUUUCUCACUUUGGUUGAACAAUAGCAACAAUAUUUCCAACUUUUAUGGAGCUUCCUCUUCUUCUUCCAAUCUUUUUGGAUCCAUAGCCGAAACUGGGCUUUCGAUGUUGCCCGUGUUCGAGAAGGAAGAUGUCGAGAGGAAGGGAAGUUUGCCGAAAGCUACGUCGUCGGCAGCUGCACUGUUGUCGGGUCAGUCGUCGUCCGUUGUUUCUUCUUCUCCGAUGUCAGCCACCGCCCUUCUGCAAAAAGCUGCUCUUAUGGGCUCAACUAGAAGCAGCACCAACAAUAAUUCCCCGCUUAUCGAUGCCGGUGCUUUCGGAGUGAUGAACUCUUCGUCUUUGUCUUCGUCCUCGUCCUCCAACGCUGUAAGCUUGAACUCUUUGAACAAAUCUAGAAGCAUGUCAAUGGCUGACUCGGUUCAGAUGGUCGGUACCAACUCCGAUUUAAGCUCGAAUAUUCUCAGCCAGCUUCUAAUGCCACUCAACAACGGUAACAACAGUAUGAAAAGUAACGACCAAACGAGAGACUUCCUCGGUGUCGGAGGAAACGGAGAAGCACCCCGGCCACCGUUCCUUCCACCAGAGCUGGCAAAAUUCACCGCCAUAAACUCAACAAUGGGACUAAGCCAGUUCGCCGCCAACCACUAAAUUCCAUCAUCAAAACCUUAAUCAAAUCGAAGUGCAGGGCGGCGGAAAGGGUCAGGCGGCGGCGACGGCAGUGGCCACCGGUGAAUGGUUAAAUUGACAGUUUCAGAACGUAGUAAAAAAGGGCCGUGCAUGUAAACCUUUUCUUCUUGUAAUUUUCUAUGCUGUCGUUUUGUUUGAACCUUUUUUCGUAAUUUCGCUUUCAAAUUAUUGCAUUUUCCAGACAAAACUGCUCCU